AUGGAUAAGAAAGCUAAAUUCAGAAUUCCAAGUGGAUGGAAUAAUUGGAGAAAAGUGUCAGGAGUGUUGUGUGAUAGGAGAGUUCCAAUUAGACUCAAAGGUAAGGUGCAUCCGGCUGUACUCAGACUAGCCUUAACUUACGGCCUAGAAGCAGCACCACUAAAGAAGUUAGAAGAAAAGAAGCUGGACGGAGCUGAGAUGAAGAUGUUGAGAUGGACGGGUGGAGUCACAAGGAGAGAUAGAAUAAGAAACGACUACAUCAGAGGUACAGCGAAAGUAGUGGAAAUUUCUAAGAAGAUUCAGAAGAUGGAUGGUUCGGCCAUUUGA